AGAGUGGGGCGGAAACGGGUUGGAGAAAGACUUGAGCCGCCGAAAAGCUAUUGCGCUGUGAAACCAUUUCAGUCCAAUUCUGCCGUCCAGCCUCCUUUUCGAAAAAGUAACAGGCACUGUUCGCAUUUGCCAUUUUCAGGCAAACGGAUCUGUGCCCGGCUGCAAAGAUGGACAAACCCUUUGAGAUUCGGAGAUUGGGUUUCAUUGGCCUUGGAGCCAUGGGGAAACCUAUGCUUAGCCAUCUUGCGAAUAAACUACCUCCACAAUCAAAGAUAUGGGCGUUUGAUGUCGUUGACGAGUUAGUCGAUGGCAUGUGCGCCCAAUUCCCGAACAAGGUGUACAAGGCAUCCAGCGCGAAGGACAUCGCUGACCAGGCAGACGUUGUGAUAACCAUGGUUCCGGAAGGGGAGCAUGUCCGAUCAGUGUACCUCGAUCCGCAACAAGGAAUUUGCUCCUCAGACAUAUCCGGGAAACUGUUGAUCGAUUGCUCUACAAUCGACACUUCGACAAGUCUUGCCGUGAAAGAACACAUAGCGGCAAACUUCCCUACUGCGUCUUUCUAUGAUGCUCCUGUUAGCGGUGGCGUUAUCGGAGCAAUCAAAGGCACAAUUGCCUUCUUCCUUGGCUGUGCAGAAUCGGACCCGAAUCUGGAGCGUCUCACGUAUUUGGCGGGCCUCAUGGGAAAGGAAAUCAUCCCAUGCGGAGGUCCGUCAUUUGGACUUGCGGCGAAGCUGUCAAAUAACUACCUCUCUGGAAUCAUUGCAAUCGCUUGCUCGGAGGCCAUGGACAUGGGGAUGCGCUCAGGGCUGGAUCCUCGAGUGCUAGCCAGGGUCUAUGCAGCAGGUACUGCACAGAAUACCAUCUGCGACAAGUUCAAUCCAGUUCCGCAUGUAUACCCGGAAGCUCCCUCCUCUGGGGGUUACAAGCAAGGCUUCAAGGUUCAGUUGAUGCGGAAAGACUUUGCUUUGGCGUUGGACAUGGCGAAACGCGUUGGAUCCAGGAAUGUGUUAGGCGAAGCUGGACUGGCAACGUAUGAUGGGGCCAGCAAGGACGAACGAUGCCGAGAUCUGGAUUCUCGGGUCGUCUAUCGCUAUCUCGGUGGUGAUGAAGACUGGCUGACGAGGUUCGGUGGUCACUGAGUCCACCUCCCGCAUGGGCUGUAACAUAAUCGUCAUACGGAGUAGACUUAAUCCGAAUUGUGAAACGAGUCGUCGACAGGCUCUCGGGGCUCUUGCAUGUCGCAGUGACGCAGAUAUUGGGGAUUUGGAGAAGAGGGGCUCUGGUCUCCAAAAGCCGAAGCCGGGACCCCACA